GUUGUUUAUAAACCAGUCGUUUCUCUCUGUGUCCCGGCCAGCUGCUCCAGCCCGCGUCCUGUACUCUCCGUUCUGUUCCAGCUCAGGGUUCCCCAGCCGGGGUAUGUCCCGCCAUGUUCGACCUAAAGGGCGGCUGGAACCUGUCUUUUGCCGGCUGCGGCUUCCUGGGGAUCUACCACAUCGGAGUCGCCAGCUGCCUGCUGGAGAAAGCCCCCUACCUUGUGAAGGGGGCCACCAAGCUGUACGGGGCCUCGGCCGGGGCUCUCACUGCCUCAGUGCUCGCGAGCCAGGCAUGCAUAGCUAAAUGCUGCGAGGACGUCAUUGAAGUGGCGAAGGAAGCCAGGAAGAGAAACCUGGGCCCGCUCCACCCAACCUUCAACCUGGUGAAGGUCCUGAGGUCUGGCCUGAACCGUGACCUGCCCUCCGACGCGCACGUCCUGGCCUCGGGCCGGCUGUGCGUUUCCCUGACCAGAGUGGCGGACGGGGAGAACGUGCUGGUGUCAGAGUUCAGCUCCAAGGAGGAGCUCAUACAGGCGCUGGUCUGUAGCUGCUUCAUCCCCAUCUACUGUGGACUGAUCCCGCCAUCCUUCAGAGGAGUGCGGUACGUUGACGGUGGAAUCAGCGAUAACCUGCCUCAGUCAGAGCUGAAGAACACCAUCACCAUCUCUCCCUUCUCCGGUGAAAGCGACAUCUGUCCUCGGGAUAACUCCACCAGCUUUCAUGAGCUGCGCUUCACUAACACCAGCAUCCAGAUGAACAUGGGGAACCUGUACCGCCUCAGCAGAGCUCUGUUUCCCCCAGAGCCUAAGGUCCUGGCAGAGCUGUGUCAGAGUGGUUAUAAGGAUGCUCUACGCUUCCUCGAAGACAACAACCUGCUGAUCCCGGAGUGUCCCAGUCCCACCCUGUCAGACGGCUCCAUCAGCUGCUGCUCAGAGCCUGCCGAAACGACUAAAGAGUGGGUGCUGCGCAGACUCCGCCUGCUGCACAACAAGCACUGGUGGCUGGAUGAACAAAUUGUUCUGCCCACCCAGAUAAAGAAAGUGUUCUGUGAGGCCUGCCAAGACAAAUCAGGCCUUUACGCCAAGGUGUCGGGGUUGCUGCCAUUAAGAGUUGCUUCCUACAUGCUCAUGCCAUACACGCUUCCUGUCCAGUCUGCAUACUCCGCGGCCCAGAGGUUUGUGGAGUGGAUCCCAGAGGUGCCUGCUGAUGUGCGCUGGCUGUUUGGGGUAGCAGGUGACGUGUAUAGACAGGCCUGGAAAACUAACCCAGCCGGCUCUACCAGUGAGCGGUGCCUGAGGAAGUGCUUGAGUGUCCCGCCGCUGCCUUCAGAGACUGAAACUCCCAGACAGACCUUUGUGCCUGCUCUUUCUUCUCUUGACCUCCACAGCCACUACUGGGAAGUCCCAUCAUCUACCUCCUCCUCUUCCUCCUCCUCCCACCACCCCUCUCUCACUGCCCCGUCCUCUCCACAGCAAGUCUGCUUCUUUGUGGGCUCGCAGGAUGAACCUCAGAGCCCAGCACAGCAGUGAAAGACAUUCAGAACCUGGACUAUGGUCUGGAUUUCAUUAACACUCUGCUCCCUCUGGAUGACGUUAAGGUGGACUGAUGGGUGGUAAAAAAAUUCUAACCAACACGGUUGGUCACAGUUAGAGUGAACACCUCAAGCUGCACUGCGGGAAAUAUAUUUCUAUGAGCAAUCAGCAAGACCUGGCACAGCCCUCUGGGGAACAUACGUGUGUGUGUGUCAUCCAGGGUGUCAGGAAAGCAAAACUACCUGUUAGCUGUAUAUUUGCAGCUAUGUUCUAUUUAUUUCGGUGCUUCUAUCGAUCAAGACUUUUAUUUCUCUGGCCAUAACCUGAUCCGUCUCUCCAUCAAGACAGGGUUUCACUGUGAUGAGAUUUCAGCAGGUGCCUUAAGAUGGCUUCCGUGUAAGUUUUGGAGGUGAUAGAAAGUUCCAGGUGGAUUGUAAUCUUUAAAAAUGUGGUAAAUAGGAAGUUUGCUUUCAGUGGUUUUCAACUUUGUGUGUGGAAAAAAACACGGGAAAAUAGUUUGGUGUCCCCACUGCAUUGCAUUUUCUGAAAUGUAAAACAGAUCUGGAUUUCUAAAGCUGGUUACUAAACACUGCUUGUUUUUGUAGUUACUUUAAAGGAGCAAUAAGUAAGAAAUUGACUGUAAAAUCAACCUAAUUCAUUCUCAUUUGUCACCUGGCAUUGAAGUAACAUUCCCUAUAAACUAUCAGACUUCUCUAUCAACAAUGUAUUUCACAUGUUCUUCUCCUUUCUGGUCCCUGAGCCAAUCAUAUAAGGGUUCCCAAAACAGAGCGCAGCAUUUGGUAUUUUAUCUUGGCAAUAGAGCAGCAGCCUACAAACGUGGAAGCCAGUAAGAGAAGCGGGCCAGAAACAGAACAUCAUCUUAUACCUAUUCUGUGUAAGUUAAACUUCUGUGGACUUUCAUAGCAGCAACGGACCGCUGAGGAAACGGCCGACUGUGGCAGGCUGUUAUUCCCAUUUGAAACACCAGGUCUCAUCGUUACUUAUUGUUUUAUUAAAAUAAGGGCACAGUAUUCAUUCCUAUUAUUUUAUUUGAAUUUGUAAACUUGCUGUUGAAGGCUCAAAAGUCUGUAAGACUGGAGUUUUCCAUCCAGUCUUUUUUCAGUUUGCUUAUAGUCGAUUCCCAUCCAGCCCACACACAAAUGCAUUACCAUUUCAAUACAAUGUCAUUCAAUUCAGUGGGCGUUUUUUUAUAUGGGCCACAUGGCUGUUUGCCAAUUAGAUUGUGCUUGAUGAGUAAUAAUUUUGUGUUUCAGAAAUACCAAGUAAGAUAGUUACAUUUGUUUGUGAUUGAUUAUAGCUCAUUGGUGCCUGUCAUCCCGGCCUUUCCAUUGCUGAUCAAAUUCCCAGCCUACAAGAUAAAAGUGCUCCUUUAAAAAAUGUCAAAUAAACAACUGAUGGGAUCCCAGCACAUUUAACUAGAUAGAACACAGCAUAACAAUAUCAAGUUAAAUAGUUUGACCUUGAUGAUUUUGCAGCUGCAGGGCUGCAACAUUGGCCUGGCCCUGCUAUGAAUGAGCCGAACAAUGAGCAAAGGUUUUAUCAGAGCUGGUUUUACGGUCUGAAAUACUGAUGGCUGAGAAGUAGAAUGUCAAACCUUUUCAUAAAUUAGGUUUAUUUGUUUCUACUUUUCAAUUUAACAAUGCUGUAUUGCAUUAUUUCCCUUAAUCUAUUAAAAUUCUGCAAUACUGUCUUCCUAUGA